CAGCUAUUUCAAAAGAUUUAAAGAAAGGCAGAUGUCCGCAAACAACUCUCCUCCAUCGGCACAGAAGUCUCUCUCACCUGCAUCUCUCUCUGCUGUGCUUCCAACCCCUUCUCCAUGUUCAAGUCCCAAGACAGGACUCUCUGCCCGACUAUCCAAUGGAAGUUUCAGUACACAGUCGCUUACCAAUUCCAGGGGCUCAGUACAUGCAAUAUCAUUUCUGUUGCAAAUUGGUCUUACAAGGGAGAAUGUUACCAUUGAGGCCCAGGAGUUGUCCUUAUCUGCUGUCAAGGAUCUAGUAUGCUCAAUAGUUUAUCAAAAGUUUCCAGAAUGUGGUUUCUUUGGCAUGUAUGACAAAAUUCUUCUCUUUCGCCAUGACCUGAAUUCAGAAAAUAUUUUGCAGCUGAUUACCUCAGCAGAAGAGAUACAUGAAGGAGAUCUUGUAGAAGUUGUUUUGUCAGCUUUGGCUACAGUAGAAGACUUCCAGAUCCGUCCACAUGCACUCUAUGUGCAUUCUUAUAAAGCACCUACUUUUUGUGACUAUUGUGGUGAGAUGCUUUGGGGAUUGGUGCGCCAAGGAUUAAAAUGUGAAGGCUGUGGAUUAAACUACCAUAAACGAUGUGCCUUCAAGAUUCCAAAUAAUUGUAGUGGAGUAAGAAAGAGACGUUUGUCCAAUGUAUCUCUGCCAGGACCUGGUCUCUCUGUUCCAAGACCCAUACCAACAGAAUGUGCAGUAUCUCCCAAUGAGGAGGCACAUGUUCACCAAGAACCAAGUAAGAGAAUUCCUUCCUGGAGUGGUCGCCCAAUCUGGAUGGAGAAGAUGGUUAUGUGUAGAGUGAGAGUUCCACACACAUUUGCUGUGCAUUCUUACACUCGGCCCACAAUAUGCCAGUACUGUAAGCGACUACUCAAAGGCCUUUUCCGCCAGGGAAUGCAGUGUAAAGAUUGCAAAUUUAAUUGUCAUAAGCGCUGUGCAUCAAAAGUACCUAGAGACUGUCUUGGGGAGGUAAUUUUCAAUGGAGAACCUUCCAGUCUGGGAACAGAUAUUGAUAUGCCAAUGGACAUUGACAGUAGUGACAUGAACAGUGAUGGUAGUCGUGGUUUGGAUGACUCAGAAGAACCAUCUCCGCCAGAAGACAAAAUGUUCUUCUUAGAUCCCUCUGAUCUUGAUGUAGAAAGAGAUGAAGAAGCUGUCAAAACCAUCAGUCCAUCAACAAGCAAUAACAUUCCACUAAUGAGAGUCGUACAAUCAAUCAAGCACACAAAGAGGAAAAGCAGUACUAUGGUGAGAGAAGGCUGGAUGGUGCACUACACCAGCAGAGACAAUUUGAGAAAGAGACAUUAUUGGAGACUUGACAGCAAAUUUCUUACAUUGUUUCAAAAUGAAUCUGGAUCAAAAUAUUAUAAGGAAAUCCCACUUUCAGAAAUUCUCCGCGUGUCUCCACCACAAGAUCUCACUCACAUUUCUCACGGCAGUAACCCACACUGUUUUGAGAUCAUCACUGAUACGAUGGUCUACUUUGUGGGUGAGAACAAUGGAGGCAGCUGUCACAGUCCAGUUCUGGCUGCCACAGGAGUGGGUCUCGAUGUAGCCCAGAGCUGGGAAAAGGCCAUUCGUCAGGCUCUCAUGCCAGUUACCCCUCAAGCUAGCGUUUGUACUUCUCCAGGACAAGGAAAAGAUCAUAACGAAUUGUCUAUUAGCAUUUCUGUAUCUAACUGCCAGGUCCAGGAGAAUGUGGAUAUUAGUUCGGUAUACCAGAUCUUUGCUGAUGAGGUCCUGGGUUCAGGACAGUUUGGCAUUGUAUAUGGAGGAAAACAUAGAAAAACUGGACGAGAUGUGGCUAUUAAAGUGAUUGAUAAGAUGAGAUUCCCCACAAAACAAGAAAGUCAGCUUCGUAAUGAAGUGGCUAUUCUGCAGAAUUUGCACCAUCCUGGAAUUGUAAACCUGGAAUGUAUGUUUGAGACCCCAGAACGAGUCUUUGUCGUCAUGGAAAAGCUACACGGAGAUAUGCUAGAAAUGAUUCUUUCUAGUGAAAAAAGUCGACUUCCUGAGCGAAUUACUAAAUUCAUGGUCACACAGAUACUUGUUGCUUUGAGAAAUUUACAUUUUAAGAAUAUUGUGCACUGUGAUUUAAAACCAGAGAAUGUACUGUUAGCCUCAGCAGAACCAUUUCCUCAGGUGAAGCUGUGUGACUUUGGUUUUGCACGAAUCAUAGGUGAGAAGUCCUUCAGGAGAUCUGUGGUGGGAACCCCUGCAUACCUUGCACCUGAAGUUCUCCGGAGCAAAGGUUAUAAUCGUUCUCUGGAUAUGUGGUCAGUGGGAGUUAUUGUUUAUGUGAGCCUCAGUGGCACAUUUCCAUUUAAUGAAGAUGAAGAUAUAAAUGACCAAAUUCAAAAUGCUGCAUUUAUGUACCCACCCAAUCCAUGGAAAGAAAUUUCUGGUGAAGCAAUUGAUUUAAUAAACAACUUGCUUCAGGUGAAGAUGAGAAAACGUUAUAGUGUUGAUAAGUCCCUCAGUCACCCCUGGUUACAGGAUUAUCAAACGUGGCUUGACCUUAGAGAAUUUGAAACACGAAUUGGAGAGCGUUACAUCACACAUGAAAGCGAUGAUGCACGCUGGGAAGUGCAUGCAAAUGAGCACAACCUUGUGUACCCAAAGCACUUCAUUAUGGCUCCCAAUCCCGAUGAUAUGGAAGAAGAUCCUUAAGUUACCAACACACUCAUUUAAGAAUGAAAGAUUUCCAUUUAUGU